CGGUGGAGAAACGAAACCGAGCUGCGGCCGCCCGUCGGGGCUGCGGGAGGAGCCUAGCUGCGGGCCGGGCCGGGCCGGGCCGGGCCGGCCGGGGGGGAGGUUUCCACGCACUCCCCCGCACGACAGCUCAGCUGCGCCCGGCUCGGGGCCCGCACCCCGCUGGCAGGGGGUGACCCCGGCUCGGCCCCGCUGCCCACAUCGGGUGCCCCCCCAGGAAGGGGCACCAGGUCCUCGCAUGGCAGCCCCCACUGGGGGGGGGGCACCCAGCACCUGGCAGCAGAGGGGGAGGGCACAUCUGGGCCUUGUCUUCCUCUGCUCUUUGGACACAUGAUUUCCUGGAAAGGGGAGGGAACUGGGGCAGCGCUGGAACCGGACUUGAUGCUCACAGGAGCACAGAUCGUAGAGGGCAAAGGAGCGGGCACCUUCCCCUUGCAGCAAAAGGCUGCUGGUCCCGCAGGUUUUCAGUUCUGGGCGGCAGGCGGGUGGAGCACCUGGCCCCCGCGGUGCGGAGCAGGGACACAUGGGCAAGUGGCAGAAGAUCUGUUAUUGGCUCAGCCUCUGCGCCAGCGUGGUGCUGCUUGUGGCAUUCACCACCUGCUUGGUAGUCCAUUUCCACUCAGACCCUGCCCAGGAGCGGGACCAGUGCCGGGAGCAGCUGAAGAACGAGACCUCGGCCCUGGAGGGGCAAGUAGCCCGUGCGCGGGCGGAGGGCACGGUGCUGCAGGCCGCACUGGCCAAGGCCAACCAGACCCUCCAGGAGACAUGUAGGGGCUGGGAGUCCUGCCAGGCCCUGACGGACAGGCUGCAGAACAACCUCACCGCCCUGCAGGCUGAAUUCACCCAGCUGUAAGCCAGGGGCUCAAAUCAGAUGGUGGCACAGCAGGACCUGCGAGACCAAAUCAGCAAGCUCCAAGGGCAGCUUUCCAGCAAGGACCAGCAGCUCCAGGACACCCAGUCCCAGCUCCAGGACACCCAGUCCCAGCUCCAGGACACCCAGCGCCAGCUCCAGGACACCCAGCACCAGCUCCAGGACACCCAGCACCAGCUCCAGGACACCCAGUCCCAGCUCCAGGACACCCAGUCCCAGCUCCAGGACACCCAGCACCAGCUCCAGGACACCCAGUCCCAGCUCCAGGACACCCAGCGCCAGCUCCAGGACACCCAGCAGCAAAGGGACCGGCUCCAAGCACAGCUGAAGGAGCAGCUCCAAAACCAGUCGACAGGCUCCGGUGGGGUCCUCCCCGAGCUCUGCAGGUUCAUCAGCCUGUUGGCUCCGCUCCUCAUCACACUCCUCCUCUGAGAGCAGCAGCAGCAGUGCCAGGGCUGGACCGGCAACCGGAGCAUGGAGCAUCCCUAGGAGCCCUGCCAGCGCCCACUCCAGCUCCACCCAGGGGCACUGCUCCCUGCUGCUAGCUUGCUGCAAGCUUGGCCAUCCCUGGGGGUCCCAUGUGCAGCCCAGCCCAGCCAGCCCAGGGGAAGGGCUUUGCUCUCUGCUGCUCAGCGCUUCAAUUUGGAGGGGUCUUGGCUAUAAGGGACCAGUGGCAGAAAGGUGCAAGAGGUUGGAGCUGCCGCAGAGAGCCGCCACGCCCCCACCCCCGGGUGAGGAGAGCGUGGACUCCUGGCUGGGGGGCUCACAGCUGCUGACGGGGACUGGGGGUGUAGGACAGAGCAGGCAGGGAAACCAGUGCGCUGCAGAAGCACCUUUGCCCGGAGGUCCCUUUCCAUCCUGCCCUCUGGGAGCCAAGGAGACUGGAUGGGCCCCUGCUUUGGGCCUGGACCUGGAGCUUCACACUCACAGCUUCACACUUGCUUUAAGCAAGGCAGAACAUGAGCAGGGGGCUGCCGAGAGCCUGAGCCCCCAGAACGGCCCCACCUCAUCUGCCUGAGACCUGCUGCCAGGCACAGAGGGGCUGUGCCCUGCAAAGAGGGGAGGGGGAGGGCAUGGGGGCUGGGCAAAUAGAGGGGGGGGCGUGAUGGGUUAAUUGCUGCAGUUUGGCCCUGCUUAGUGAUAAGGGGGUCAUGAAGGCUUGGAAGAGCCCCAGGGAGGUCGGGCGGCAGCAGCUGUGGGGAGCAUCCAAAGGGGGAACAGUGCCCCCAGGAACAGCCAGCCUGGGGGGCUCGGGGGCAGCCAGCGCCCAUGCCCAGGGCUCACUGGGGCAUGCGCUUUGCACCAGCGUGGUGCCUCUGCUUGAUGCAAUAAAUGCUACUGAACACGAAA